AUGCGCGGGCGGGGUGAGCUCCCCAAGGCGAGGUCCAUUCUCAUCAUGGACAACUUGCACGCGCAGACCACGGACGAGUUCAAGGAGUAUCUUGCGAAGCACUGCAAUUCUCUCGCCUGGUAUGGCCCUUCGGAGUGCACGGACGAGAUGGACAUAUGGCUCGAGCAGUCGCACAACCUCGAGAGGUGGGAAACCGCGUCGCUGACAGCUUCUGAUCGGCGCGUCCUGAUCACUCAGUGGAUGGGAGCAGCCAUGGCAAGACUCAACCGCCAACAGACGUACCGAUACCGUAUUUUCGAAAAGUGCGGGAUGGCGAUGACCGUGGACGGCUCGGGCGAUGAUCGAAUCACUUUGGAGGGUUUGGACAAGCCGUAUACCUUCGCUAACGAUGAAGACAGCAGUAGCGACGACGAACAAGGGCGAUGGAGGAUGUGA